AUGUCAUCUCAAUUAUCAGAAAAUCACCGUGAAAAUGCAGAGAUAUUCACCGACCCAACGAUCUGCAAACAGAAAUCUCUACAACUUCUAGAGCAAAUCAAUAUGCCAAAAGGGCUUCUCCCAUUGGAUGAUCUAAUAGAAAUAGGGCACAAUAAACAAACCGGGUUCGUAUGGCUGAAACAGAAGAAGGCAAAAGAAAAUCGGUUUAAGAAAAUCGGAAAACUUGUCUGGUACAAUACUGAGGUCACCGGAUUCCUUGAAGAUCGCCGGAUGAAGAAACUCACCGGCGUUAAAAGUAAGGAACUGUUGAUCUGGAUAACAAUUUCUGAUAUUUCUAUUCACGACUCUGAUUUACAGAAAAUUACGUUUGCUACCCCUUCUGGAAUUUCUAAGGCUUUUCCGGUGUCUGCGUUCGAAGAAUAA